AAAAUUUAGCACUUAAAUCAUAUUAGUACAAUGUUAUUUGCUCUGCCAAAAAAAACAAAAAAACACUGUUGCCCUAACUUUGGGUUUUGCCACAAAGAGAUGACGAUGCUGAUAUGAAUUCCUCUUCUCCUGCAAAUUCUCAUUCGUUGUGUUCAAAUUUAUCUUUGUGACUCUGAGGAACAUCAAUCUUGGACGCUGUAAUGAUAAAAAAAGAUCUUACAAAUCGCUGCUGCAUUGCUUGGAAAGACAAGUACAGUAAAUUGAAAGAUGGCUACACAAAGCUUGAAGAUCGAAGAAAUGCUCUUCGUAGAGGUCUCUCCAUUUACGAGGAACAAGUCUCCAAAAUGCAGGCAGAAAAUUUAUCUCUCAGGAAAAAUCUUGAGGAUGAGAAAGUUAGGACAAACAAUGAGGUGGAGGAAAAAAUAAAGGAAUCUGCUUUAAGGGUUUCUUUAGAGAGUGAAGUUGCUGGAUUGAAGAAUGAGAUACUUUCCUUGAAGAAAAAAUUGGUGGCUGAUGAUAUUGGUAGAGAAAUCAGAGAGCUUAAGGAGCAUCUCUCCGAGAGGGAAACAAAGAUAAAUGAACUAAGGGAGCUUGUUGAGAAAGAACGAGUGAGAGCAGAGUCGGAGAAAAAGAAGGCUGAGUUGGAGAGGAAAAAGGCAGACGACUUGAGGACGAAAUUGAAGAUUGAAAAAACAAGGGCUGAUGAAGAGAGGAGACUUGCUGAUACUGAAAGGAAAAGAGCGGAAGUAAAUAGGCUUAGUUUGGAAAAUCUGAAAAAGGAAGCUGAUCAAGUGAAAUUGAAGUUAGCUUUGGUUAUUUUUGAGUUUGAAGAUGCUAAGAAGAAGCUGGAGGCGGAAAGAGAAAACACAUCUAAAGAGAGAAAACGUGCAGAUGAAGCAGGGAUGAAAACUGUAGAGCAAAAAAAGAUUGCAGAAGCCAACCGCAAAAUGGCCAUGGAUGAAAAAAGUCGUGCUACUGCUCUAUUUUGGCAGUUGGAACAGGAUAGACAAAAGGUUGAUAAUUUGAAGAAGGAGAUUGGUGAACUCAUGGCAUCUGGUAAAAUGGUUAACAUCGUAUCUAGUGAAGGGACAACUGUAGGAACUGCUCAUUUAUCAUCUGAGCUUGGUCCAGUGGCAGUGGAUAGAGAUGUUACCAUGGUAGAUGUUGCUUUCAAUUCUGAUGCAGCCCAAAGAAAGCUCAUGGAAAUGGAACAUAGGGUUGUGGAUGAGAAAAAGCGUGUUAAAUCAGAGAUGAAAAAAGUGGAAAAGCAAAGAAAGGCUGCAGAAGCAUAUAAAAAGAAGGCAUCUGAAGAAAAAGAUCGUGCUGAUCAGCUGUCUGAAGCGGUUGAAAAUUACACAAAACAGGUUGAAGAACUGCAGAAGGAAAUUAAAAAGCUAAUUUCUACAAGGUCAUUAGCUGAUUGUCCUCUUCACAUGUCUGAUAGUAAUGUGCAUGUUGAAACUGGUAAAGUUAAGCUGUUGAAGAAGCAAUUGAAGUUUGAAAAGAAGCUGGUGAAGCAUGUCAAAAAAGUAGCUAAGUUAGAAAAAGCUCAUAGUAGUGAUACUAUACAACAGCAAAGCCUACUUAGCAUAAAGCAGGAGGUUGUUCACUUCUUAAGACGUCUAAAUAUGUUGGAUGGUUGCUUAUUUCAAGACGAUGAGCAUGACCUGGAAAAGGUUUGCAGCUUUAACUUGAAAAAUAAUUUUUCUGGUUUGAAAGCUCGUGAUAUGCACUGCCAUCUUGGGAAUGACUCGAUGAAGUUAGCUGCUGUAGUGUCUGAUCCAUCCAAGCAAAAGAUAAAACGUAGUGUACCUUCGCUUCCUAUAUGUGGAGGGAACAACCCUGAAUCAAUAUCAGGUAUUAACUCUAAAUUGGAGCCUUUGCUUAGAGGUUCCAACAAAAAAGUGUUACAGAGUUCUGCCAUGAAUUCCAGUUCAGCAUCUUUUUCUAACAGGCUAUUGGUGGGCUCACAGGAAAGAUGUGCUUCUAUCUCAUCAUCAGCUAAAUCAGCUGAAGGAAAAUUGGACAUAGAACCGACCAUCUCAAGUUUAUCUGGAGAUGCAAGAAAAAAGUGCAACGAGAAUGUUGUAGCAAUUGCUGAAAGUAAUGUCAAGAGUCAUGUCAGUUGUAUUUAUACUGAGAGGACGGCGUCACAUCAUAAGAGGAUGAGCAGAUUUAUUGAUGCCAUUGAAUAUAAUGGGAACUUGAAUUCCAAGGGUAACAAGUGGCAAAGACAGCUGUCACAAAAGAUCUCUUUACAUGAUGGUAUGUUAAAUAGUAGAACAGAUAGACUUCAUGAUGAGAAAAAGCAUUUGGUAGCUGACAUUCGACAUGACUUGUUCAGCGAACAUUUUAGAUCUACCAAGAAGAGAAAAACAUCGUGUGAACUAGGUCUGCAGCUUUUAAACAAUAAUAGUGUGGCAAAGAUAAAGUUCGACAGUUCUGGUGUCAAAUCUGAUGUCUGUGCACAUCAAUCUCCAAAUGUCUAUAGCCUUCCAGAAACUGCCCAGGAUUGCAAGGAUGGGGAACACGAUGAUCUGGUAGAUAUUGAUGAACUUAUCGGUGGGGAAUAUAUAAAGCUUCUCAAUUUGGAUAAUGAUACAGAUGAAGAGUCUUAUCGUCUAGCAAUUGAAAUGCCUUUAUCCCCUACAAUUCCUGAGAUUCAGUGCCAUAGCAGUGUGGCAGUUGUCCCGAUUAACACACCUUUAUAUGAGGGAUUCUUAAAUGCAAGGGAGACUGUGGCUUCAUCAGGCAAUUUUGAUGUCAUCAAUGUGGAUAUCAAUUCUAAUAAAGUAAAACACCCUACCAUAGAUCCUCCAAAAAAAUCAUCAUUACCUGAGAAAAAAGAUCGUGUUGAUUCAUCUAAGAGAUUAAACCUUGACACAGCUUGCAAGUUAUCCUGCAGUUCCGAUCCAGUUACAUUGGAAGCAUUGUGCAGGUCAGACCUAGCUGCUCCUGCUACUGAGGGGCUGCAGAUUUCAUCGGAAAGGAGAGCCGUCUCAUUACAGGAUGGGUUUGCCAAGUAUUGUGUCAUCUUUUCAAACAACAAUGAUGCGAAAACCAUUUCAAGUGUUUACCAUGCUACCAGUCGUUGUCUUGCUCAAUGCUCAGUAUCAUCAGAUACUUCUCUUAGGAGUAUUCUGGUCACUCUUUUGAAUCUUCAAGAAAUUUCAAAUGAGGAGAAGACAUGUGUCGUCUUUUCACUCUUACUUCUCUACAUUUCUGAAACUGCAACAAGAGCCUUUCGAGAUGAUUGGGAGAGAGACCUGAUCCUUUUCAUAAAUUCUGUUGCUCAGCAUAUAUAUACAGAACUCUCACAUGAAGACAUGAGAAGGAUAUUUGUGGAAUCUUGCAACUUGUAUGAUGUACUUUCUCUUAUGGAGGAUUUUCUUUUGCAUGGUAAAUUGCUGGUGCAUGCUGUAAGUUCUGAUUCAGAGCUUGCGUCCAAUUCAGGAAUCCAUCUUAUUUUGGAUGGUCGUAGUAUAAGCUUGUGCAAGAAACUAGCUUCUACUCAAUUGUUGCUAACUGGAGGAAUUUUGCUAGCAUCAGUAUGUGGCGCGUUUGACCAUAUUGGUUUUGUUUGUGAGGCUUCCUGCAACAUUUUAAGGACGCUAAGAUCUGAUGCUCUAAAUAUUCUUCAUAUAUUUGCCUAUCUAUGUGGUACUAAAUAUAUUACCCUCAAAGAGUAUGGCUUAGCCAUGACUGUGGUGAAGUCAUUGGUGAUGCUUAUUUACAAUAAUAGAUCAUCUCCUAAUCCUCUUUCUUGUGUUGCAACUACAGUUGAGUCUUUGUCUAAGAUUUGUUCGGGUAGUAAGUGCCCGUUUUCAGAGAGUGCAGCUACCAUGGAUGUUGUUGCGUCCUCACUCUUGGAUAGUCUUACGAGUUAUUCUUGCUCUGCUGUGGGGUUGGAUUUGAUGGAAUCAUUGAACUCAUCAAGAUAUGGAAUCAAAUGUUAUGGAAAGAGAACUGAUGAAUCCGCAGAUAAUGUAGAUUUAGUACAGUGGGCAUAUGUUACUUUGAGGGAUUCAAGCCAGUUCAUUGAUACCCUUGCACUGAUGGAGCUAGUUGCAGGUUUCAUGAGCUGGGAUUGGAUGUUUGACAAAAUUGCCUGUCCACUGUUGAAGUUAUUGGAAUAUUGUUCAACAGAGCACAAUGCUGCUGCUAUUACUACUCUUCUUGGUCAACUUGGAAGGAGUGGACUUGAAGCUUUUGGAUAUGAAGAUGUUAGGAUUCAGAGAUUAAGAAGCUCUUUCUGUGCAUUACUUUCACAAUGCGACUCCAAAAGAAUGGAUCUCCACCUCCAGUUCUCCAUUGGAAUUGCUUUAGUUGGCCUAAUUCCUCUUAGGUUCGAGGAACUUGUCGGAAGUAACAUUGAAGUUGCACCAGCUGCAAAUCCAACUGAUUGUCUAAGAAAGUGGUUCUCUUUAUUGAGCAGCGAGCAGCGGUUAUUGUUCAAGGCUCGUAUAUUCUGCUAGUUGCCAAAGGGAGAAUGUGCAAACAAAAUUUUGCGGGAGAGCAAUAGUUGAAAAAUUGCCUGGUUUGUUGAUGUACAUAAUUUGCAGUAGUUAAGGAGUUGUACAGAAAAAGGUAGUUUAAUUUUUUCUUUCUUUUUUGGUGGACCUUUGCCAUUUAGGCUUUUGGAUAUUACUUGGGAAAUGCUUUUGUUCCAAUUGUUUUAAACAUAAUUGCAUCACAAUCUCAUAAUUUUGUCAUUUAAUAAUA